AAAUAAGGAGCUCAAAUUUUGAAGGCUGGGUCUGUAGUACUGGUAUAGUUUGAUUAGAGAAAAGAGUCACAGAAAGAAUCAAUUUUUGCACCAAGUAGAUAAUCUUCCCUGUAUACUCAUGACAAAAAUGUAAAAAAUUUACUUUUUAUCUUCAACAAGGCUCUCUGUUUAGGGUUUUAUCUUUCUCUCUGCCUUUUUCUGUUCAUUUAAGCUUCGGGGUUCUUGCCCAAUUAGUUUUAACAAGCACUCUUUCUUGGAUUUUGCUUUACUGGGUUGGGUUGGCUUUGGUUGUUUUGUGGUAUUUUAGCUCAAAGCCAGGGCUUUCAUAUGGUUUGUCAUUAUUGGGUAGUUUUGGUGGAGUAGGUGCUGCAAUUUUCUUCAGUUUUAUGUAGUCUCUUUUGUUUUCACCUUGUCUUACUUCUAGGUCUCUGGGUUACAGACAACCUUGGUGGACUUAUUUUUCGUACUACUUGAGUUUUAAGGUUUGUUUUAUGAGUUUAGUUUGUGUUCUGAAUUGGGUGGUGGAUUCGGCUCCUCAAAUUGUUACAAGUUCUCUGCAGUUUUGCGGAACUGGAUGUGCUGCGUUGAUUCUUUUGCUUGUAUUUUGUGGAGUGGCUGUAUCUGGGUUGUGGUAUUUUGUUGAUUUUCAUAAGGGUCUGCUUGGUUUAAUAAAUUUGGUAGCGGUGAUUGUGGCUGAGGAGGCGGCGGCGGCGGCGGCGAUGAUGGUGAUUCAUGGGUACUAGAACGGUGAAUGUUAGUGGACAAAAUGAUAAUAGCACUUUGACCGAGAUGCCGAGUUUCGUUCCUUCAAUACCCACUUCCAAUCCAAUGGGCACAGAAGGAAAUAGUAUCCGCUCUCGAAUUUCAGAUUUUGGAACACUUGAACAGUCUCUUGGAUUUCGCAUAGAAGAUGCUGUUGAUCUUAGCAGAAAUCCUGUGUUCAAUCAGUUAAAAUCAAGCAGCCAGGCAAUAGGCACUGAUGUCCAAUUUGGCACUUUGAAUAAGUCACUUUCAUCCUCAGAUAUAAAUCUGUCUGCUGCUGUUGUGCGUGCCCAAUCAUUGCCACUGCAGAAAGAAUCACAAUCAAAUCCAGUUACUAUGCUUGGUAGCCACCGUGAAAAUUGGGGAGAGACCAAUGUUGCCGAUGGCAGUCCUAGAACUGAUACCUCAACAGAUGACACAGAUGACAAAAAUCAAAGGAGUGAAAGAGGACAGUCAACUGCAGUCAUGGCAUCUGAUUCUAGUGACAAAUCAAAGGAAAAGUCAGGGGAUCAAAAGACAUUGCGCAGACUUGCUCAAAAUCGUGAAGCUGCCAGAAAAAGCAGGCUAAGGAAAAAAGCAUAUGUACAACAAUUGGAGAGCAGUCGGCUGAAGCUAACUCAACUUGAGCAAGAGCUCCAAAGAGCCCGCCAACAGGGCAUUUUUAUUUCGAGCUCAGGAGAUCAAUCCCAUUCAAUGAGUGGAAAUGGUGCCUUGGCAUUUGAUGUAGAAUAUGCACGGUGGCUAGAAGAACACAACAGGCAGAUAAAUGAGCUGAGAGCUGCACUUAAUUCACAUGCAGGAGACACUGAACUUCGUACCAUUGUUGACAAUGUCAUAGCACAUUUCAAUGACAUUUUCAGGCUGAAGGGUGUUGCAGCCAAAGCCGAUGUUUUCCAUAUCUUGUCAGGAAUGUGGAAGACACCAGCAGAGCGGUGUUUCAUGUGGAUAGGUGGCUUCCGCUCAUCUGAGCUCCUGAAACUUCUUGUGAAUCAGUUGGAGCCUCUAACUGAGCAACAGUUGAUGGGCGUCUACAAUUUGCAACAAUCAUCCCAACAGGCUGAAGAUGCUUUGUCACAAGGAAUGGAAGCACUGCAGCAAUCUUUGGCUGAGACAUUGGCCAAUGGCACACCUGGUUCAUCUGGUUCUUCUGGGAAUGUGGCAAACUACAUGGGGCAGAUGGCCAUGGCCAUGGGGAAGCUUGGAACUUUAGAGGGGUUCCUUCGCCAGGCUGAUAAUCUGAGACAGCAAACACUUGAACAAAUGCACCGUGUAUUGACAACCCGGCAGUCGGCCCGUGCCCUUCUGGCAAUAAAUGAUUAUUUCUCUAGGCUUCGAGCCCUUAGUUCUCUCUGGUUGGCUCGGCCACGUGAAUGAUGGAAUGAGAGCAAUAGAUUGCCCCUCCGGAAUGUUAUUUUGGAGAUCAACUCCAUGACGCCACCUGAUAAGUUUUCUUGACAAGUGACUAUGAUCCAUGUGCAUGGGACUUGUAAGUCGUCUGCUUAACAAUUGUAUUGCAUUAAGGUCAUGGUUGGUGUAGUUAUAGGUUCCACAUUGCAGCUGUAACAUCAGGUAUGCCUUGUAGAUUUAUGGUUAUUUCGUGUUGUAAAACAUUUAGUGCCAAUAAUUCGAUCAAGUUUUUUGUUUGUUAGAAGUGAUAAAGGAAGAUGGGAGUGGUACAUGUAACAUAGUUUACAGCUAUCGAUUUGUAUACUAAAAAUCGGAAUCAAGUUGUAUUUACAUUUGGGUGA